CGUGCCUGUGUGCGUGACGUCAUCGUCCUUAGUAACCCUCCGCGACACAAGACAACAAGAUGGGAUUGCUGUCAAUCCUGCGCAAGCUGAAGAGUACACCGGACCAGGAGGUGAGGAUACUGCUGCUGGGGCUGGACAACGGCGGAAAGACCACCCUGCUCAAGCAGCUGGCCUCUGAAGACAUCAGCCACAUCACCCCCACCCAGGGCUUCAACAUCAAGAGCGUUCAGUCGCAAGGUUUCAAGCUCAACGUUUGGGACAUCGGCGGCCAGAGGAAGAUCCGGCCAUACUGGAGGAACUACUUUGAAAACACUGACGUGCUCAUUUAUGUCAUCGACAGCGCUGACAGGAAGAGAUUUGAGGAGACGGGUCAGGAGCUGGCUGAGCUGCUGGACGAGGAGAAGCUGAGCGGCGUGCCCGUGCUCAUCUUCGCCAACAAGCAGGACCUGCUGACGGCGGCGCCGGCCUCCGAGAUCGCAGAGGGCCUCAACCUGCACACCAUCCGCGACCGCAUCUGGCAAAUCCAGUCGUGCUCCGCCCUCACCGGCGAAGGCAUCCAGGAGGGCAUGAACUGGGUGUGCAAGAGCGUCAACUCCAAGAAGAAGUAGCUUCGCUUCUCAGUGGUCUUCUCCUCAGGAGGACAUGCGACCACACCUCCUGAGUCUUAAACACUACGGGCUCCACCUGUGAAUGUACACACACGCACAACUCAUCCAGCGUGGAGUUUUGAACCUGACUGCUGCAUGCCUACUUCUCCGACUUUUCGUAAUCCAUCCGUCACACUUUAACCACUAACAUUCCCAUUGAGCUGCUGUCUUUCGAGAGGAAGUUUGGCAUUCCCCACUCAUCAUCAGGUCAAAGUGUGUCAUUCUUACUUUUUUCUCUUUAGUAAUCGUUCCAUGCGCUUUCAUGGCUCUGUUUGAUGUGAGGUUUUCUAUUUUUUGUGUUUUAUUUAUGGCAGAGGGAAGUAGUGCGCUUUCACCACCCCCAAACCCACUAAAGAAUGUUACUGUACGUUAUGUAUAAAACAAAAUGAGAUAGAGGACUUUUUAAAUCCACUGUAAAUAGCGUGAGACCCCCUCAUGUGCUCUAUUUUGUAGUCCUCGUACCAGCAGAUUUUUUUGUCCCACUUCUGCGACACCCUUUCGAGCUAGUUUCCUUUUGAUAUUCUCGAAUGUGAUCUGUGCAGAAGUGAAGGUACUGUAUGUGAAUAAAAUAAGAAAAGAA